GUCACCCCCCAAACCUUUUUACCAUCCCCAAGCAUGGCUCGCCGCUAGUUCACAGUCUAAAAUUAAACUCCAGCAGGGCCAACUGCGCUUGCUGCCACUUGGCCGGCAGGUUUUCCAGUCAGAGGUCCUCAGCCAGGCGAGGCCCGCGGCUCCGCGGGAGGCACAAACAAACGCAAUUAUCAGCCUCAGGUUGGGAUUAUACAAUCGGCGGAGCCAUUUCUCUGGAAUUGAGGCCCCGUGAGAAUCUCCAGGAUGGCGGCAAACUCGGACGCGUCCAAGCCGGUCAUCAUGAAUGAAGAGGAGCUGAAGAGGAAGCAGCGGGAGAAGCUGAAGAAGUUACAGGCCACGGGGGGCAACCCAAGACCUGCUAGAUCCCUCUUCCUCUUCACUCUUAAAAAUCCCUUCCGCAAGGCCUGCAUUAACAUCGUGGAGUGGAAAACCUUUGAGAUCAUCAUUUUAUUGACCAUCUUUGCAAACUGUAUCGCCCUGGCCGUGUUCCUGCCCAUGCCCGAAGAAGAUAGCAAUAACACCAAUUCCAGCCUGGAGAGUCUGGAGUACGUUUUCUUGGUCAUCUUCACCUUGGAGUGCUUUCUGAAGAUCAUUGCUUAUGGUUUUGUGUUCCACGAGGGUGCAUAUUUACGCAACUGCUGGAACAUAUUGGAUUUUGUCAUCGUCUUCAUGGGGUUGGUCACCUUUGCCCUGGAUACCUUCAAUACGAUAGCAGGCGUUCCCAUGGAGAAAGGCGGCGGCUUUGACAUGAAGGCGCUGAGAGCCUUCAGGGUUCUGCGUCCCUUACGCCUCGUCUCCGGAGUUCCCAGCCUGCAGGUGGUGAUGAACUCUAUCCUGAAAGCCAUGCUCCCUCUGCUGCACAUUGCCCUGCUGGUCUUCUUGCUGGUCACCAUCUACGCCAUCAUGGGACUGGAGCUCUUCAAGUGCAAAAUGCACAAGACCUGCUAUUACACGGGCACAAAUAUCUAUUCAACAGCAGAGGGGGAGAGGCCCGCCCCCUGCGCUCAGGCCGGGAACGGACGGCGCUGCUUGAUCAACGGCUCCGAGUGCCGGCCGGGCUGGGAAGGUCCCAACGACGGCAUCACCCACUUUGACAACAUCGGCUUCGCCAUGCUCACAGUCUACCAGUGCAUCACCAUGGAGGGAUGGACCAAAGUUCUCUACUGGAUCAACGACGCCAUCGGAAACGAAUGGCCUUGGGUCUACUUUGUUCCUCUCAUUCUUGUGGGCUCCUUCUUUGUGCUCAAUUUGGUUCUGGGCGUGCUCAGCGGAGAGUUCACCAAAGAGCGGGAGAAAGCUCGUUCCCGAGGAGAGUUCCAGAAGUUGCGGGAGCGUCAGCAGCUGGAUGAGGACCUGCACGGCUACAUGGAGUGGAUCACCCACGCUGAGGUCCUUGACGCUGACAGAGAGGGCCAAGGUCUCCUGCCUCUGACCAGCGGCGAUUCUGACACCGACAGCCUGUUCGACAUGGAGGGCAAGAGUCGUGUGGUCUACUACUAUCGCCUGGCUCGUCGCUGGAACCGCUUCUUCAGGAUGAAGUGUCUGGUUUACGUGAAGACCAGAGCGUUUUACUGGUUGGUGAUGUUCCUGGUGCUCCUCAACACGCUGACCAUCGCCACGGAGCACCACCACCAGCCCGCCAUGCUCACAACGAUUCAAGACGUGGCGAGCCGCGUCCUCCUGGUGCUCUUUGUCAUCGAGAUGUUUGUGAAAAUGUACGCGCUGGGACCCCGGGGGUAUUUCAUGUCGCUGUUCAACCGUUUUGACUUCUUCGUGGUGAUUUGCGGCAUCCUGGAGAUGAUCAUGUUGUCGGUGGGAGAGGUCACCCCCCUGGGUUUCUCCGUACUCCGAUGUAUUCGGCUCCUCAGGAUCCUUAAAGUCACAAAGUACUGGACCUCUUUGAGUAACCUGGUGGCCUCCCUGCUCAACUCUGUCCGCUCCAUCGCUUCACUGCUCCUCCUCCUCUUCCUCUUCAUCGUCAUCUUCUCGCUGCUCGGCAUGCAGGUGUUUGGGGGCAAGUUCAACUUUCCUGACAACAGGCCCAGACGAAGCAACUUUGAUAACUUUCCUCAAGCCCUCAUCAGCGUGUUCCAGAUCUUAACGGGUGAGGAGUGGACGGCCAUCAUGAACAACGGCAUCAUGGCCUACGGCGGCCCGGUUUUCCCCGGCAUUCUGGUUGCCAUCUACUUCAUCGUCCUCUUUGUCUGUGGAAACUAUAUUCUUCUCAACGUCUUCUUGGCCAUCGCGGUGGACAACCUCGCGGAGGCCGAGAGUCUGACCUCAGCUCAGAAGGAAAAGGCGGAGGAGAAGUUGAGGAGGAAGCUGCUGCGGUCCAAAAUGCCCGACAAGACAGAUGAGGAGAGGGAGAGGCUCUCCAAGAAACUGGCUGAGCAGAGAGCCAAGAUGGAGGGAAUGCCGACCACAGCCAAGCUCAAGAUUGACGAGUUUGAGUCCAAUGUCAAUGAAGUGAAAGAUCCUUUCCCGCCCGCCGACUUCCCAGGCGACGAUGAGGAGGAGGAACCCGAAAUCCCCAUCAGCCCUCGGCCGCGUCCCAUGGCCGACCUGCAGUUGAAGGAGGAAGCCGUGCCGCUGCCCGAAGCCAGUUCUUUUUUCAUCUUCGGCCCGCAAAACAAGUUCCGCAAACUGUGCUACAAGAUCAUCAACGCCUCGUCUUUUACAAAUCUGAUCCUGCUCUUCAUCCUGCUGUCCUCCAUCUCCCUGGCAGCCGAGGACCCCAUCGAUCCGAAUUCUUAUCGAAACCAGAUUUUGGCCUACGCCGACAUCGUCUUCACGACUGUGUUCACCAUUGAGAUUGUGCUGAAGAUGACAGUUUAUGGCGCAUUCAUGCACGAGGGCUCGUUCUGUCGCAACUCCUUCAACAUCCUGGAUCUGAUUGUGGUCGGAGUCUCGCUGCUCUCGAUGGGCAUGGAAUCCAGCGCCAUCUCAGUGGUGAAGAUUCUCAGGGUGCUCAGGGUGCUGCGGCCUCUCAGGGCCAUCAAUCGAGCCAAAGGCCUCAAGCACGUGGUCCAGUGUGUAUUUGUGGCCAUCAAAACCAUCGGAAACAUCGUCCUGGUCACCAUGCUGCUAAAUUUCAUGUUUGCCUGCAUAGGAGUGCAACUUUUCAAGGGGAAAUUUUACAGCUGCACGGACGUUUCCAAAAUAACAGAGGAGGAGUGCCAGGGAUUCUACGUGAAGCACAUUGAGAACACUCUGCAGGACACGGUGGUGGCCAAACGGGAAUGGCUCAACAAUGACUUCAACUUUGACAACGUCCUGUACGGCAUGCUGGCGCUCUUUACCGUUUCCACCUUCGAGGGCUGGCCCAAACUCCUGUACCGAGCCAUCGACUCGGACGAAGAAGACAUGGGCCCCGUCUUCAACAACCGGGUGGACGUGUCCAUCUUCUUCAUCAUCUACAUCAUCCUCAUCGCCUUCUUCAUGAUGAACAUCUUUGUGGGCUUCGUCAUCGUCACCUUCCAGGAGCAAGGCGAGCAGGAGUACAAGGAUUGCGAGCUGGACAAGAACCAGCGUCAGUGCGUGCAGUACGCCUUGAAGGCCCGACCGCUGAGGUGCUACAUCCCCAAAAACCCCUAUCAGUACCGGGUCUGGUACAUCGUGACCUCCUGCUACUUUGAGUACCUCAUGUUCUUCCUCAUUAUGCUCAACACUUUGUGCCUGGGGAUGCAGCACUGCAACCAGUCCGACCACGUGACCAAGCUGUCGGACAUUCUCAACUUGAUCUUCACGGUGCUCUUCACGGUGGAGAUGAUUCUCAAGCUCAUGGCCUUCAAAGCAAAGGGUUACUUCGGAGAUCCCUGGAACGUGUUUGACUUCAUCAUCGUCAUCGGAAGCGUUGUGGACGUCAUCCUGAGCGAAAUAGACAUGCGUAUAAGCGCGGCCCCGAUCGGUGCCGGUACAACUAGUUGGCAGAAUCUGAGCGCCCUGGCCGCCAGCGGAGGACUGUACUGUCUCCAAGGCUGCGCUGACACCAAUCCCAUGCAAGCAAUCGCGGCCUCGGAGAACGCUUCGGUUUCCAUCACGUUUUUCCGACUCUUCCGCGUCAUGCGGUUGGUGAAACUGCUGAACCGCUCUGAGGGCAUCCGAAACCUCCUGUGGACCUUCAUCAAGUCCUUCCAGGCUCUUCCUCACGUGGCUCUGCUCAUCGUCAUGCUCUUCUUCAUCUACGCCGUGAUCGGGAUGCAGAUUUUCGGAAAGAUCGCCUUAGUGGACGGCACGGAAAUCAACCGCAAUAACAACUUCCAGACGUUCCCUCAGGCGGUUCUCAUGUUGUUCCGAUGCGCCACCGGAGAAGGUUGGGAGGAAGUUAUGAUGGCGUCCAUGUACGGGCAAAAGUGCGACCCCAAGUCUGACUUUCAGCCUGGAGAAGAGUUCACCUGCGGCUCCAACUUCGCCGUCUUCUACUUCCUGAGUUUCUACUGCCUCUGCGCCUUCCUGAUCCUCAACCUGUUUGUCGCUGUCAUCAUGGACAAUUUUGACUACCUGACACGUGAUUGGUCACUGCUGGGUCCACACCACCUGGAUGAGUUUAAGAAGAUUUGGGCGGAAUAUGACCCAGAGGCCACAGGCAGAAUCAAACAUCUGGAUGUGGUGACGCUGCUGAGACGCAUCCAGCCUCCGCUGGGCUUCGGGAAGUUCUGCCCUCAUCGUGCAGCCUGCAAGCGCUUGGUCGGCAUGAACAUGCCGCUCAACAGUGACGGCACGGUCACCUUCAACGCCACCCUCUUCUCCCUGGUCAGGACAGCCCUGAAGAUCAAAACAGAAGGAGACUUCGAGCAGGCCAACGAGGAGCUUCGAGCCAUCAUCAAGAACAUCUGGAAGCGAACGAGCAUGAAGUUGUUGGAUCAGGUCAUCCCUCCCAUAGGCGAUGAUGAGGUCACCGUGGGAAAAUUCUACGCCACUUUCCUACUCCAGGAUCAUUUACGAAAGUUCCUGAAACGCCAGGAGGAGUACUACGGAUACCGGCCAACCAAGAAGAACGCCUCCGGCCCCGAGAUCCAAGCCGGUCUCAGGGCUAUUGAGGAUGAAGUGGCUGCAGAAAUGCACCGAGCAAUUUCGGGAGACCUGCACAAUGAGGAUGAAAUGGAGAGAGCCAUGCAGGAAGCUGGGGAGGAACACAUUUACCAGCGUACACACGGCUUGUUUGGAAAUCGAGUAGAGCCGUUCGCCGCGGAGAACGUCAACGCUCCGCCGCCGCACAUGACCAACCAGAGGCCCCUCAAAUUCUUGGAAAACCAGCCCGAGUCAACACUCCCUUCGCCUGCCACCGAGCCCGUUACGAACUUUGCGCCGCCAACGGCUCCCAAAAGCAACAGCAACAACAACGCCUUUGCAGAAUUGGGACUGCAAAGACAAGGUAGUGCCGAAGAACUUGACAGCCCCGCUGAGGAUGCAGGAGCAGACAAUCUGCACCCAUGGGACUUCACAGUGAGAACGGACCAAACGCAGUUCCCCUACGAACCCAGGCUCGCCGACAGUCCGACCUCGGCCUAUGACCAAGCCAAGAACGAGACAGUUGACGAGACGCACGCCACCAUCGAGGACCUCGAGGGUGCGGCCCGGGCUAUCCUCAAAAAGAAGCGGCGUGUCCCCGUACCUCCGCCAAGUCAAACAGAGCGUCCCGACCCGGCCGUGAGGAAGAAGAAACGCCCCAUCGCCGCAACUCCCUCCUCUCAUGGUCCGCACGGAGCUGAGCCGCCUGAAGCCGACUCCAACGUUUAGAGGCGCGGCCACGCGUGUGCUUAUCACAUGACUUCUUUUUGGGGGCGGCUCCGUCCUGAAGGACGACUCGGCCUGGGCUUCAAGUCAAAUGUGCCCCGAAUGGCUCUCUGUCGUGUUCAAGUCUUGAUUUGUGGUGGCCAGCCCAAGUCUUCCUGUAAACAAUCAGCAAAGUUCUCCACAUUGGCAACAACCUUCAAAGUGGAGCAUUUGCCAGUUGCUCUCAAUUCAAAAUGGCUAAAGAGAUCAAGUGAAUUCAUUCAUUCAUUCCAGCCUCAACGUGUCAUCAUCAUCUAACAUUAAAGACCCUGCAAAGUGAAAACACGUUUGAAGAUAAUUGCUGCAAAUGUGAAAACUCGAUGUAAAAGUUCCAAACAACCAACUUUUCUAAAUAUUAGCUCGUAUUCUGAUUCGGCGGCCACAUUUUGGUCAGUUUCUGGUGAAAAGUAAUGAUAGGAAGAUGAGGCUUCAAAUUUGCUUCAUGAACCAGUUGUAUUUUAUUUACUCCACUAGAUGGCACUGUUGACAUGAAUAAAGCUGUUUUAGAAAUGGCGAGUAUACUUUUAACCCCAAAGUUGAACAGAGAGGACUGAAAAAAUUACAACUGCUUCAUGAAACAUAUUUAAAGCUUCACUAGUGAAAAGAAAAAGUGACACAUUGCAAGUGAUGAGUGACUGGUGUCCCUAAUAAAUUGCCAUGGCUGUGA